AUGUUAGUGGGAGGACUGUUUACGAGAAAAAGGGAAACAAAUCUGACACUUGAGUUUACUAGGAAAGUUGUUGCGGGAGCACAGAUGCUCAUCGCUGCUGAAUACGAACAGCUGAGGGAUCUCUUGCUGUCUGUGGCGCUUGGCCAGGUACUCUCCCUCCUUAUCUGUGGCAUUGGUCUCACGAGCAAGUAUUUGUCAGAAGACUUCCAUGCCAACACACCUGUUUUUCAGAGCUUCCUCAAUUAUAUCCUUCUGUUCUUGGUCUACACAACAACACUAGCUGUCAGACAAGGAGAAGAAAACUUGCUGGCAAUUUUGAAAAGGAGAUGGUGGAAGUACAUGAUCCUGGGGAUAAUAGAUAUAGAAGCCAAUUACCUGGUAGUCAAAGCUUAUCAAUACACCACUCUUACUAGUGUACAGCUUCUAGACUGUUUUGUCAUCCCAGUGGUGAUACUGCUCUCCUGGUUCUUCUUACUGGUACGAUACAAGGCAGUACAUUUCAUUGGGAUCGUCGUCUGCAUUCUGGGCAUGGGAUGCAUGGCAGGAGCAGAUGUCCUCGUUGGGAGACAGCAAGGAGCCG